AUGGAGGAGCUGGAGGAAGCGGUGAAGGACGCCCGGGCGGCGGGGCUCAAAGAGGCUUCCGAGUUGGUCCAGGCCAACGAGGUGCUCCGGAAGCAUCAGCAUCGAGUGGCGGUGCGGAGAGCGGAGGUGGCGCACCAGAAAGCGAGGCAACGGCUGGCCCUUGCCUGGCGGUCCCUCACCACGCCCUGCGCGCCGCACGCGCGUGGGGCGGCCUGCGGAGAGGCGGUGACGCAGAGCGCGUCCGCGGCGCCCUUGCUGCGCAGCUCCGGGCGCCCGCAAGAGGCCCAGCGCCUCGAGGAGGCGAAAGACGACUUGGCCAGGAGCUGGUCGAAGCUUGCCGAGCAGUCGCUGAAAGAAGCCGCCUACAUGUGCGACCUGCAGCAAAUGAGGUCUGCCGUGAAGGAGUGUGGAGUGCUUCGAGAAAUUGCCUCGGCGCCGGGGAGGUCGAAAAGGAGUGGCUGUCGGACAAGGAGCUGGAGCAGACGUUGCUGGAGAUCAUUGCCGAGGAAUCAGGUUCGAAGCUGGCCAUGCGGCAGAAGUUCGAGCUCUCGCUGA